GCCAGCCUUUAUUAUUGCCAUAUAAGCCUUCUGGUAGUAUGAAGAUGUACUAUGUUCCACAAUUAAGACAAAUGCCUCCAUCUCCGGAUUCCAAGUCAGAUACCACCGUUGAGAGCUCACAUUCAGGAUCCAAUGAUGCUGUUGCUCCAGACUUCCCAGCUCAGGUGCUAGGCAAUAGGGAUGAUGACCUCUCAGACACUGUUAACAUUAAACAUAAAGAAGGGAUCUACAGUAAGAGGGCGGUGACUAAGGCGUCCUUUCCAGUGGGGAAAAAACCCUCACAGAAAAAUGCAGGUGCCCCAGCUCAAGUACCCAUCACCGGGGAUAAGCACUUUUCAGAUAAAAAACAGAAAGAAGAGAUCUACAGUACAAGGGCAGUGACUGAGACUUCCCAGCCUGAAGAAAAAGAAUUCUUGCAGAAAAGCCCUGCAGAUUCUGUUGAUGCUACUGCUGCAGAGCACUCAUCUCAAGUACAAGACACAAAGAUCGAAAGUCUAUCAGACACUCAAGAGGUUCAACAGAAAGAGGAGAUCCAUAGGAAGGGGACAGUUCCUAAGGAAGCCUGGCCAGAAGAUAAAGAAUCCCUACAGAUAAAUAUUGAAGAGUCCAAAUGUCAUUCAGAAUUUGAAAACACUACUCAUUCUGUCUUCAGGUCAGCCAAGUUUUACAUUCAUCAUCCAGUACACCUACCAAGUGAUCAAGAUUUUUGUCAUGAAUCUUUGGGAAGAAGUGUUUUCAUGAGGCGUUCUUGGAAAGAUUUCUUUCAGCAUCAUCCAGACAAACAUAGAGAAUAUCCUUGUCUUUCUUCUUCUUAUCAAAAUAUGGACAAGUCUAAGACAGAUUAUACCAGAAUAAAGAGCCUCAGCAUCAAUGUGAAUCUGGGAAACAAAGAAGUGAUGCAUGCUACUAAAAGUCAGGCUAUAGAUUAUCCAAAAUCUAACAGACAAAUUAAUGAUCCAAAAAAGGAUUAUAAGGUCAUCCCAGAGGUGACAACUCAGCAUACUGUGAGUUUGAAUGAACUCUGGAACAAGUAUCGAGAGCGACAGAGGCAACAGAAACCACCUGAAUUUAAUAACAGGAAAGAACUAUCCUUGGUGGAGCGACUUGAUCGUUUGGCUAAACUUCUGCAGAAUCCCAUCACACAUUCUCUCCAGGCCUCAGAAAGUACACAUGAUGACAGCAGAGGGGAGCGAUAUGAUAAGGAAUGGAAAGGUAGACAACAGAGAAACAAGCUUCAGAAAAAGAAGUGGUUUAAAAGCUUAGAGAAAAGUCAUAAAAACAAAGGAGAGCUUAAAAGAAACAAGGUGCUUUCCCAUCAUCGAGCUGGGAGGUCCAAUCAGAUUAAAAUUGAACAGAUUAAAUUUGAUAAAUAUGUUCUGAGAAAGCAGCCAGGUUUUAAUUAUAUAAGCAACACUUCUUCAGAUUCUAGACCCUCGGAGGAGAGUGAGGUGCUCACAGACACUCCCACUAACAUUCUUUCCACCACCACUUCUCCAAUGGAAUCAGAUAUAUUGACCCAAACAGAUAGAGAGGUGACUUUGCACGAAAGGAGUAGCUCUAUUUCUACUAUUGACACUGCCCGAUUGAUCCGUGCUUUUGGUCAUGAAAGAGUAUGUCUGUCACCCAGGCGAAUUAAAUUAUAUAGCAGCAUCACCAACCAACAGAGGAGAUAUCUUGAGAAGUGGAGCAAGCACAGCAAGAAAACAUUGAAUACAAGUCAGCCCCUAAUGACUUCUGAGCACACCAGGAGACACAUCCAGGUAGCAAACCAUGUGAUUUCUUCUGACUCUAUUUCAUCUUCUGCCAGUAGUUUCCUGAGCUCGAACUCUACCCUUUGCAACAAGCAAAAUGUGCAUAUGUUAAACAAGGGCAUUCAAGCAGGUAACUUGGAGAUUGUGAAUGGUGCCAAAAAACACACUCGAGAUGUUGGGAUAACUUUCCCAACUCCAAGUUCUAGCGAGGCUAGAUUAGAAGAGAAUAGCGAUGUGACUUCUUGGUCAGAAGAAAAAAUUGAAGAGAAAGUGCUUUUUACCUGUUAUCCUGGGGACAGAAAGUUAAAGAAGAACAAGCAGAAUUCCUGUGAAGGAAUUUCAUGGUUUGUUCCCGUGGAAAAUGUGAAGUCUGGAUCUAAGAAGGAAAAUCUGCCCAAGAUUUGUGGCCCUGGAAUCUCCUGGUUUGAACCAAUAACCAAAACCAAACCCUGGAGGGAACCACUGCGGGAACAGAACUGGCAGGGACAGCGCAUGGAUGGUCGGGGGGCAGGCCAAGGCAGAGGCGAUGGCAGAGAUCCACCGAAGCCGUUUGUGAGAGCAACUCUGCAGGAGUCACUUCAGCUCCACAGACCUGACUUCAUCUCCCGCUCUGGGGCGCGGAUAAAGCGCCUGAAGUUAAUAGUCCAGGAAAGGAAACUGCAGAACAUGUUACAGAGUGAGCGGGAUGCCCUAUUCAACACUGAGAGAGAAUGGCCAGGCUGCCAGAAUCCCAUGCACCCUCUGCCCAGGAAAGUCUUCCUGGCUGCACAGAAGAACAAACCUAUUGGAAAGAAGGAAAUGAUUCAGAGAUCUAAACGGAUUUACGAACAGCUUCCAGAAGUACGGAAAAAGAGAGAAGAAGAGAAGAGGAGAUCGGAAUAUAAGUCAUACCGGCUGCGAGCCCAGCUGUAUAAAAAGAAAGUGACCAAUCAACUCCUGGGGAGGAAAGUCCCCUGGGACUGACAGAUUAUUCUCCUCAGAGCCUUGGAAUUCUAUUUGGGGAAUCUUGAGAAGCACAAUCCUUCUAUGAGUCCGAUUUAAUAAAGCUUAUUCUUUAUUCAAGUAUAAUUUAGAAAUUGAAACUCUUCAAGAAGAGUCUGGGACAGCGUGGGUAUUAAAACUGCUAAUGUUUCAGGAGCAAUACUUUCUUCAUAGUGGCCUUGCCCACAGGGCUGUGCGUUACAAUUAUUUUAUCUUUUAAUUCUGGCCAAGAGUGAGUCUCAUUUUGUAUGUGUUUUUAUACUUUUAGUAAAUAAAUGACUUUGGAUUGACUCAUA